AGGGCUGAACGAUAUUCUCUUUUCACAUCGACAUCGCGAUGUGCGCGUGAGCGAUAGUCACAUCGCCGGAACAUACGAUGUGAAGGGUAGAAGCCCAUGGUGUAUUAAGAGAACGGUAGCACAAAGUAAACACGAGUUUGUUGUAUAGCUUGUUGCUGGGGUGACACGCACGUUCCGCGUGCCGGCACAGUGAUUGGUUCGCUGUGCCGCUGCUCACCGCUCACAGCCAACAUUCACUGCUAAAAAUGCGCGACGAAGAGGAUCCGCCGCAAAAAAGUGAUUUCGUACCAAAAAGAAAGUCGAAAUCAUCUAUUUGGGACUAUUUCGGCUACAAAAAGGAGGAUGUUGACCAAAAUGAGGUACUUUGUAUGGAGUGUCAUAAAGUUGUGGCCACAAAACAUGGAAACACAACCAAUUUGUCUGAUCACUUAAAACGGCACCACAAAGCUCUUUACGACGAAUACAAAGCCAAAUCUGGAUGUCAACCAAAACAAACAAAUAUUUGUGAUGCAUUUGCCAGUGUGACACCUUACCAGAAAGGUUCUCAACGACAAAAAGAAAUAACAGACGCAAUAACUUUUCAUAUCGCUAAAGAUAUGUUGCCAUUAAAUACCGUCGCCAAAGAGGGAUUUAAGAAAAUGAUCCGAACGCUUGACAGGCGGUAUGUUAUACCAUCCCGCACAUAUUUUUCCCAAGUUGCGAUAAAAGAGCUGUAUGAAAAAUGCAAAUCUAAGAUUGAAGCAGAACUGUCGCACGUGGAAUACUAUGCAACUACAACAGACUUGUGGUCCAGCAGGACAACGGAGCCCUACAUGAGUCUGACGGUCCAUUUCAUCACAGAGGACUUCGAGCUAAAAAGUCGCUGUUUGCAGACGGCAUUUUUCCCGGAAAGUCAUACAGCCGAGAAUAUUGCAGAGGCCCUGAGAGAAGCGGUGUCCGCUUGGGGUUUAGAUGAGACACGUCAAGUCUGUAUAACAACAGAUAAUGCAGCGAACAUGGUCAAAGCUGCCGAUCUGAACAAGUGGACCAGGCUACAGUGCUUCGGCCACAGACUGCAUCUUGCAAUUGAAAAUGCAGUGAAAAAGGAUGGCCGCAUUGAUCGUGCUAUAGGAGUCUGCAAGAAGCUGGUGAGCCACUUCUCUCACAGCUGGAAGGCCAGCGAUGCCCUAGCAAAAGUCCAGAAGGAACUCAGUCUACCAUCACAUUGUCUCAUCUCAGAAUGCCAAACAAGAUGGGGUUCCAGACAGAUGAUGAUCAGCAGGAUAUUAGAGCAGCAGCAGGCUUUAACUCAGGUCCUGUCUGCAGACAAGAAGCUGCGGCAUCUAAUUCCAACCUGGCAAGAUAUAGAUGUGCUGGAAUCUGUAAGCAAGUCACUGGGCCCAAUGCUGGAUUUCACUGAUGCACUUUCAGGGGAUGAAUACGUCAGUGUCUCCUUUGUAAAGCCAGUUCUUCAGCUCUUCAACACUUCACUACUGGAAAUGCGAGAAGAAGACACAGACCUGACCAAGAACAUAAAAAAGAAGAUGCUGGACUACCUCAAUGAGAAAUACGAAGAUGAUGAUACUCAGAAGCUGCUAGAUAUGGCAUCUUUUUUGGACCCCCGGUUCAAGAUGGACUUCAUCAGUGCAGACAAGAAGACCCAAGUUAAGGCCACAGUGGCAUCACAGAUGAUGGAAUGCCAGAAGAAAUCAAGCUGCAGCACUGAUGUGGAGCCCAACGUUACCAGUGCAACCCAGGCAAAGAAAGCAAAGAAGUCACUGGGAAGCUUCUUUAAACAGAGAGAAACUGAAGCAAAGGGUGAUUCCUCUCUGACCCUAAAGGAUGCUUUGGAAGCAGAGUUAAACACUUACCUGCUAACACCUCCAAUAGACAAAGAGGAGGAUCCACUUGCAUGGUGGAAAGUACACAAACUAAGCUUUCCUCAUCUCGCCAGACUUGCCCGCAAAUACCUGUGUAUUCCUGCGACAAGCUCGCCGUCAGAGAGACUUUUUAGUACUAGUGGCAACAUCGUCACUUGCCAACGAACCUGUCUCAAGCCUGCAAAGGUUGAUAGACUUGUGUUCUUAGCUAAAAACCUUGAGUAAGCAAAGCAUACAGCAUACAUAAGCAUGCAUGAUCAUGAUCAUGCUAAAGAAUACUCAGUUUAGUUUAAGUUUCAAGUUUUAUUUCAUUUUGUUUAGCCAUGAUUACCAUGAUGACCAACACUGUUUUACUUUGGCACUUUUGCUAAGAAAAGUUGACUUAAAAACAAAAGAUUGUGAACCAAAAUGCUUAUAAGUUGUUUUAUAAAAAAAAUAUAUUUAAGUUAUGUUAUGAACCAAUCAGGGGGGUUGGUGUUGUAAAGCUGCUGUUUAAAUGUGUUCAGCUUUU